UCGUGUUCGACACGACAACCAGCGUGUUCGACACGACGACCAUCAAGUUCGACACGACGAUGACCGUGUUCAACACGACGACCAUCAUGUUUGACACGACGACCAGUGUGUUAGGCACGACAACGAUCGUGUUCAACACGACGACCAGCGUGUCAGACACAACAACGAUUGUGUUCAACACGACGACCAUCGUGUUUGACACGACGACCAGCGUGUCGGACACGACAACGAUCGUGUUCAACACGACGACCAUCGUGUUUGACACGACGACGACCGUAUCGACCAUCGUGUUCGACACGACGACUGUGGUGAAAGUGUUGGAGAAAACUUGUUGACGUCACCGAUAAACCAGCACUGGACAC